GGUUGGGCACGUGCAGCGCGUGUCGAAUCAUCGAUUCAUCGGUUUCAGACCGACAAGAACCGGAGAGGGAGGACACAUGCACACCGGAUCGCCGGGGCCGCACAGAAACCCGCGGACACAUAUUUGUGACAUAUGGUCAUAUUUAUCGGUCAUCUGAGAUACGAAAGGGGUUUUUAUCAUGAGUGAAAUAUGAGAUUGAGAGACAUGAGCUCGCGCGCACCGGCCUGAUCGCGCGCCGAGCCGAAUCAAAUUCACCUCAGAGAUUAAUCAGUGGUUAUUAUUACAAUUAUAUUAAUCAGCAGUAUUCCUAUAAGGCGUUAGGCGAUAGAUUGUGGUCAAGAGAGCGAGAGGAGCUGUGUGUUAUAGUAAACACAGCGAUGGAUCCGGACACAGCCGCAGACUUCACCGUGGAAAACGUGGAAAAGGCUCUGCAUCAGCUCUAUUAUGAUCCCAACAUUGAGAAUAAGAACCUGGCUCAGAAAUGGCUGAUGCAGGCUCAAGUGUCUCCUCAGGCCUGGCAGUUCUGUUGGGUUUUACUGAGACCAGAGAAGGUUCCAGAGAUCCAAUACUUCGGCGCCAGCGCCCUUCACACCAAGAUCUCCCGCUACUGGGGCGACAUCCCCGCCGAGCAGUACGACACACUCAAAACGCAGCUGUUUUCUCAGAUCGCUCACUUUGCCUCCGGCUCUAAGAUCGUCCUGACCCGCCUGUGCGUGGCGCUGGCGUCCCUCGCCCUCAACAUGAUGCCCGAGGCGUGGCCGGGGGCCGUGUCAGAGAUGGUGCGCAUGUUUCAGGAGGAAGGAGGCGAGGUGGACGGGCGCGCUCGCUGUUUGGCUCUGUUGGAGCUCCUCACGGUUCUCCCAGAGGAGUUCCAGACCAGCCGACUGCCGCAGUACCGCAAGGGACAGGUGAGGGGCGCUCUGGGCCGCGAGUGGACAGCCGUUUACCCGCUCCUGCAGCAGCUGUUACGGCAGCCGGACUCUCCGCCACUGGUGAAGGCCCGUGUGCUCAAGUGUCUGUCGAGCUGGGUUCUGCUGGACGUUCCUCUGAACGAGAGCGAGGGAUUGGUCGAGGCCAGUUUCACGGCGCUGGCGGAUCCGGAGCUGUUCGAUACGGCUGUGGAGGCCAUCGUCAACACCAUCUCACAGCCCGACUCACAGAGGUACGUGAACACUCUCCUGAAGUUGGUGCCGCAGGUGUUGCAGCUACAGGAACAGUUACGAGACGCCAUACAGAAUGGAGACAUGGAAACGUCACAUGGCAUCUGUCGAAUCGCUGUCUCUCUGGGAGAGAAUCAUUCAAGAGCUCUGUUGGAGCAGGUGGAGCACUGGCAGAGUUUUCUGGCUCUGGUGAAUAUGAUCAUGUUCUGCACGGGCAUCCCUGGUCACUACCCCGUCAACGAGACCACCAGCUCUCUCACGCUCACCUUCUGGUACACACUACAGGAUGACAUCAUGUCGUUUGAGGCAGAGAAACAGGCCAUUUAUCUGCAGGUCUACAGGCCUGUGUAUUUCCAGCUCGUAGACGUUCUGCUGCACAAAGCGCAGUUCCCUACGGAUGAGGAGUAUGCUUCCUGGUCAUCAGACGAGAAGGAGCAGUUCAGGAUCUACAGAGUGGAUGUAUCUGACACACUGAUGUACGUCUACGAGAUGCUGGGAGCCGAAUUACUCAGUAACCUGUACGACAAACUGGGACGAGUCCUCACCAAUACAGAGCCAACAACAACAUGGCAGCACACGGAAGCGCUGUUGUACGGAUUCCAGUCCAUCGCCGAAACGAUAGAUGUGAACUAUUCCGACGUCAUCCCAGGACUCAUCGGUCUCAUUCCAAGAAUCAACAUAAACAACGUCCAGCUGGCUGACACGGUCAUGUUCACAAUCGGAGCGUUGGCAGAGUGGUUGGCGGAUCAUCCGGUGAUGUUGAGCAGCGUUCUUCCGCUGGUUUUGCAGGCGUUGGGCAAUCCAGACCUGUCUGUUUCCAGCGUCUCCACGCUAAAGAAGAUCUGCAGAGAGUGCAAAUACGACCUGCCCCCAUACGCCGCCAAUAUAGUCGCUGUUUCACAGGAAGUACUUAUUAAACAGAUCCAUAAGACGAGUCAGUGUAUGUGGUUGAUGCAGGCUCUGGGCUUUCUGUUGUCCGCGCUGCCGGUGGAGGAGAUCUUGAGGAACCUUCACUCUCUGAUCACCCCGUACAUCCAACAACUGGAGAAACUAGCAGGGGAGACGCCAAACCCCUCGAAUAAACUGGCCAUUAUUCACAUCCUCGGUCUGCUAUCCAAUCUCUUCACCACGCUGGACAUCACCAAACAGGAGGAGGAGUCAGGAGAGAAUGCCCCGCCCAUCAAAUCAGCCCCGCCCCAGACAGGCCCCAACCCUGUGGUGGUGGUGCUCCAGCAGGUCUUUGCACUGAUACAGACGGUCCUCAGUAAAUGGCUGAAUGACUCGCAGGUUGUGGAGGCGGUGUGUGCCAUCUUUGAGAAGUCUGUGAAAACUCUCCUGCAUGAUUUUGCCCCCAUGGUGUCUCAGCUGAGUGAGAUGCUGGGGCAGAUGUACAGUACCAUACCGCAGGCGUCAGCGCUGGAUUUAACACGCCAGAUGGUCCACAUAUUUGCCAGUGAAACGAAUAAUUUCCCCCCAAUCAAAGCGCUGUUUGAAUUGGUCACUUCUGUUACUCUGACCAUCUUCCAGCAAGGGCCCAGGGAUCAUCCUGAUAUUGUUGAUUCAUUUAUGCAACUCCAAGCUCAGGUGUGUUUUUGGUUUCUUAUUUCAUUCACUUUGGGUUUCUCUCUUCUCUUUCGCUGUCCCUUUCUUUCUCACUUCUCUUCCCUUCUGUCCUGUGUCACAGGGUCUUUACAGACCCUUGUUUUGCUCGGGCAGUGGAAUACGGAGCUAAUACCGCGCUGCGCAGACAUUCCUCCUGUUGGUCAGGUCGUGCAGGAAAAUGGUAAACUCCUCCUGCUGGCUGUACUGGAGGCCAUCGGCGGUCAGUCGUCCCGCAGUGUGAUGGAUCAGUUUGCGGAGGUGCUCUUCUGUCUGAACAAGCAUUGCUUCGCUCUGCUGACAGUGUGGCUCAAAGAAGCUCUGCGUUCACCGGGCUUCCCAUCCUCACGGGUCUCUAACGAGCAGAAAGACACGUUCAGCCAACAGGUGCUCAGGGAGCGAGUGAACAAGCGCAGAGUGAAAGACAUUGUGAAGGAGUUCACCCUGGUGUGCCGCGGCCUUCACGGAACCGAAUACGCCGCAGACUACUGAGCCGCCACUCGUACAGACACAGAGUGUGAGGAAACCUCCCAGAAGCCCAUCUCUGCGAUGCGAAUGAUACGUGUCAGAACUGACCGUCUGAGAGUCGGGAUCUUCCUCUAACUCGUGCUUCUCACUCUCUCUCUUUCAACCACUGUCUCAUUGGAUUUUGGGGCCUCCGUAGGGCGAUCCGAACAGGCGACAUCUCUGCUCCCCGCAUCUCACGGCAUGUUUGCUGGAAACCGUUCUUUGAUUCUCCCACGUUCGAUCUUCCGUGGCUCUUGGGCUGUUUUCCUUGUGAUAAUUUGCAUCCGUUUGAACAAAGAAAUAGUGUUAGUUAAAUGUUUUUUAUUUUUAUUUUGGAGAUACUGAAAUAAAAAGCAUAUAUAUACACAUAUAUAUAUAUAUAUAUAUAUAUUAAAAUAUAUAUAAAUGCACAUAAUAUUCUAGUAAACCGUGGGGUGACGAGUCCGUGUGCUGCUAACAGAGAGGGACCAAUACAGACUGAUUUUUCUCUGUGGCUUUAUAUCUUAUCCUCUAUAUCUGUCUGUUUAACCCCUAACGCUCGAUUCUGCCAAAAUGUUGUGGACGUUUUUUUAAUUAAAUGAUUAUUAUGAUUGUUUUUGAUAUAUAUAGAAGGUCAGCAGCAUAUAUUUGGUGACUAGUAGAGAUCGGGUGUUAUACAACGAAUAAGAGAGAGAUCGAUGCACUAAGAUUCAUUAUUUGUCAUUAUUUACCCACCAUCAUGACGUGCAUAACCUCACGUUCAUAAUUCUUCUUUGUGUUUCACUGAAGGAAUAAAGUUGUAUAGGUUUGAAUUGACAUGAGAUGGUGCAUAAAUUCAUUUUUGGUUAAACUGUCCUUUUAAUGUCGGUAGGUGCAUGCACACACAUCAUGGUACCAGUAAACAUUUGAAGUGCUUUUGAAACAGUUAUUACAGGAAGAGUUCACCCAAAAUUGCUGCAAAUUUGCUGAAAUUCUACUCACUCUCAGGCCAUCCAAAAU